AUGAGCGAUAUCGACCCAUUAGAUUCCUCCAUCAGGAGGAAAAUACUUCCAAUAGAAAGAAAGUUUGGCAACAAUAAGUUAAUCUACGAUGGUUACGGGAUGAAAUCAAGCAGCCAUACCUUUGAUUCUAACCUCGAAACACGAUUUCCAUCUGCUGAUGGGGGUGGAACGCGGUCAGAGUCCUUUUGGAAAGCUCAAUGUCUAUUUAGAGGCCUUAAAAGAACCGGAAUAAUCUAUGAAAUGAUAGAUAGGCUGCAAAAAGAUGGACAUAAGCCAAUGGUGCCAAAACUGGUUGCAUUGGAAAUGCAAAUGCGGGAUUAUUACCAGACACGAUAUAUUGCAAUGAGAGAAGAAUUGGAGGAUGAGAAACGGAAAGCAGAGGUCAGAGAGGAGAAAAAAUGGAAUAACGAAUUAGACGAUCUUGAGAAAGCUCGCCAGAACCUAGAAAAGUUCUUGAGAGAAAGGUUCCCGAUAGUUUUGGAUUCUAAACGAGAAUAUACUGUUUUCAUGACAACUGACACAUCAUCAGUAGCCGAGAUUCGAAAGGCUGCUCUAUCACUCGGUCUCAUAUAUGAAUCCUUGGAAGUUUCAAAAUUCGACGAACCACCAUCACAAAGAGACCUUUGCUCACUCAUCCAUAUAGCAAUAGGCAGAACUAGAUCUGCUGUCAAUAAUCGACUUCAAAUGAUACAUCAGAUCCGAGGCAAAGCUAUUAAAAAGGCCCGAGAAGCUAUCAACAAUGCUCGAGAAAUUAUUAGCGAAGCCCAUCAUGAUGUGAUCCGCGCAUCAGACGACAAAACCUGGGAUGUAACUGGAGAUUGGCAUAUAUCGUGCUUGGAAAUGGAAAGGAGAUGGUCCACUCCUCUCACACUUAAGAUUUAUAUUAAAAAAUCUGAUGAUAAAUGCGAAAUGUUUGGUGAGUUUGAUUUCGGUGGGGUAUCGGGUCUAUUGCGGUUUGAACAGCAGUAUCCAACUACUGAGAUGAAGUCGGCUAGACUAGCUCAUCCGAAUGUCAAGCGAGGAAAGAUCACUUUCAAGAAGGCCGAGAAAGAGAAGAAAGAUGGCAAUUAUAACGAUAUGGGAUUUACAAGGCCCAGUGCCAAACGCCUUUUGUGCAAAUCUACACCGGAAAUCUUCUUAUUUCCUGCCACAGAGAAGCCUUCUCUCCAAAAUCCAACAUGGAAUUAUCGAUGGCGCGGUGAAUACAAAGCAGAUAGCGAGCCUGUCCCAGGUCAGUAUCUUUGUUCGAUUAUGUUCGGCGAACCCUUAGGUACAACAUUGAUCGGUACCUUCGGGGGCGAUCUUUACAAGACUUGGAAGGAGGAUAUGGUCUUCACAGGUGUCAAGGUUGGUGUUGGAGGUGAUUCUUCUAUCGAUAUUGAAAAGGAAUGGUGUGAUGGACAAGACAUAAUAUAUGAUAGCGACAUACAGGACUGA